CCGGCCAUUCUCCGGAAGCUUCGCCGUGAGGCUACUCACGUGCGUGCCUGCGUGCCCCGCCGUGCGGCAGCCUAUAAAUCCACCAGCCUGCCCAGUGCUCAGAGUCACACUCUCCCCUGUCUCCAAUAUCAAACCGACCUUUCUUCCUUCCCCGUCGCCGAUCGAGACGCCGAUUCCCUUCAUCCCCCGCCCGCCAACGUCCGUGAUCCAUGGCGGAAAAGAAGGUCGUGCUGAAGCUGGACCUGCACGACGACAGGCAGAAGCAGAGGGCGCUCAAGGCCGUCUCCACUCUCCACGGUAUCGACCAGAUCGCCGUGGACAUGAAUGACCAGAAGAUGACGGUGGUGGGCACCGUCGACCCCGUGGACCUCGUCGGCAGGCUGCGCAGCAAGCUCUUCCGCACGGCGCAGAUGGUCUCCGUCGGCCCGGCCAAGGAGGAGAAGAAGGACGCCGCCAAGAAGGACGACGGCAAGAAGGAGGGCGACAAGAAGGAGCCGGUCCCGGUGUACACGCCGUGGUACCCGCCGCCGCCGCCGUACCACCCGCACCCGUACUACCACAACCACAGCGCCGAGGAGGACCCCAGCUCCUGCGUCAUCUGCUGAUCGGCGCGCGCCGCCGGUUCCCUCCUCCCAUUGUGCAUUCCGUAGCUGGCCCUGUGCUGCCUGCCGGCCGAUCAUGCCUCCCUGCUACGGUGAUCGACGGCGUGCGCCAUACAUAAGGCCGCGUAAGGAUUUUUGCGCCCGUGAUGCGGCUGUUGUUCCUGUGCAUCUGCUUAGUUUAUAAAGUGCAGAUAUGCAAUUUAUUACAGUGUGUAGAAUUAUUAUUUUUCAAGGGACACAGUGUGUAGAAUUACCACCAGUACUAGAUAGAUAGGACUGCUGGAGUUGGAUUUUGAGUGAAAGUUCACCGAGGGCUCAGCUCCCCGUUGUGAUAACAAUUAACGAAGGAAAUAAAUAUAUUGUAUUAGUUGCAAGAGAA